AUGCUUCAAUCUUCCCUGUACCGGAUCGUGCGAAUUUUCUUAGUUACUCUUGACUUCUGGUUCAACACCGAUCUCCCCGAAAGCCAAGUUCAAAGGAGCGAUAAGCCCUCCCAAUCAAUUCCAUCUGACCUGAAUUCUUCAUCUAGUGCCCAACAAGCCGAAAGGUCAUCUUCUAAUUUCGAAAUGAAAACCUGGGAGGAAAUAUACCAAGAGGAGUGCCUUAGUUUCAAAGCCAGUCUGGAGACCCAAGCUCGGAUUUUAAGAAACGAUCCGGAAAGUCAAGGAGUGGAUCGUAUCAAUGAUGUUCGCAAAGAGCUAAUAUCACUUUCGCACCAGGCAGAGCGAAUCAAAGAGGCUGCCUUUGAAAUGGUCGACGAGACCCCGGACAGUGUAUAUGUCCGCAAUGCCACCCCCGAGUGGCUCUCCUCCCGAUUUGGAGAUCCGCAGCUAGAACAGGUAUGUAUUAGCAUGGAAUACAGCUUGGACCGACUGGCAUUUGAGCUUAGAUCUGAUCCGUCAAUGGACCUUAUGGUCGCCGGACACCUUGAGCAAAUGACCGACGAUAUUGAGAUGGAUUUUCUUUAG